AUGGCGGAGACUAUCUCGACUCGAGUCGGCCACGCUUUCGCAAAGCUUUUACGAAUUAAUUUAGGUCCAACUCCUUCCCCGGUGAGAGAUGAGACCAGAACGUAUGGAUAUUACGAGCAUGAGCCCACUGUGGGCGACUGGUUUCGAGGUCAUACGCCCACCGCCCCUCAAGCUCGUCGUUACAUAUGGAGCCUCUUCCCUUUCCUCCAUUGGAUUGGAUAUUACAACGUGCAAUGGCUGAUUGGGGAUCUCGUGGCAGGAAUCACUGUUGGUGCCGUGGUCAUUCCGCAGGGUAUGGCAUACGCUGAACUAGCCAAACUGCCUCCAGAAUAUGGUCUAUACUCUUCAUUCAUGGGAGUCUUGAUCUAUUGGUUCUUUGCAACAUCCAAAGAUAUCACUAUUGGUCCUGUGGCGGUGAUGUCUACGCUCAUGGGCUCAAUUAUCAUCAAGGUUCAAGCCGUCCACCCCGAAAUACCCCCACCAGUCCUUGCUUCCGCUCUGGCAAACAUUUGUGGUGCGAUCGUAUUGUUCCUCGGAUUGCUUCGUCUUGGCUUCAUUGUCGACUUUAUCCCUCUUCCUGCUAUUUCUGCUUUUAUGACCGGGUCCGCGAUCAAUGUUUGUGCUGGCCAAGUGAAGACGGUUCUCGGAGAGAAGGCGCAUUUCUCUACGCGGGGGGCAACCUACAAGAUCAUCAUUGAUACGCUGAAGCAUCUUCCGUCCGCCCGGAUGGACGCUGCUAUGGGCCUUACAGCAUUAGCAAUGUUAUAUGGCAUACGGUCUGCUUGCAACUAUGGAACGAGGAAGAAGCCCCACAAGGCCAAACUGUUCUUCUUUUUGUCCACAUUGCGAACUGCCUUCGUCGUUCUUUUCUACACCAUGAUCAGCGCUGCGGUCAAUCUCCAUCGCCGCAAUCACCCUGCCUUCAAGCUACUUGGUAAUGUUCCCCGGGGGUUCAAGGCUGCGGGAGUUCCCAAAAUAGAUGUUCCAAUUAUCAAGGCAUUUCUUGGCGAACUCCCUGCCGCUGUGAUUGUUCUAUUGAUUGAGCACAUUGCUAUCUCGAAAUCAUUUGGCCGUGUCAACAAUUAUACGAUCGACCCAUCUCAGGAGUUCAUUGCCAUUGGCAUUUCAAACCUCCUAGGUCCGUUCUUGGGUGCGUACCCAGCUACUGGCUCAUUCUCUCGAACUGCUAUCAAAGCGAAGUGCGGCGUACGCACUCCCCUCGCAGGUGUGAUCACUGCCGUUGUAGUCCUUCUUGCCAUAUAUGCGCUACCAGCGUUAUUCUUCUUCAUUCCCAAGUCGUCCUUGUCGGCCGUGAUUAUCCACGCAGUGGGUGAUCUCGUUACACCGCUCCAUAUCACCUAUCAAUUUUGGUGUGUAUCUCCAAUUGACGCACUCAUCUUCUUCAUGGGCGUUAUCGUGAUCAUAUUCUCAACUAUCGAGACCGGAAUUUACUGCACAAUCGGCGUAUCACUGGCAGUGCUCCUCUUCCGACUUGCCAAAGCCCGAGGCCAAUUCCUUGGCUACGUCCAAGUUCAUUCGGUCGUGGGUGACCAUAUCCUCAACGCACCCCAGGAAGACCCAAGCACGGGAUUCGAAGAUAGUACUGAGAUGUCCAGAAGAAUCUAUCUCCCAACCGAACACGCGGGUGGCACAAACCCCCGACUCCAGGAAUCUUUCAUCUACAGGGUCUCCGAGGGGUUCAACUACCCCAAUGCAAACCACUACACAGACCACCUAGUCAGUCACAUCUUCAAAGAAACCCGACGCACAAACCCACAAGCAUGGGAAACAACAGGCGACCGACCCUGGAACGACCCAGGUCCAACCCGCGCCGAGCGCAAAAUCCUCAUGGCAGAGGAAGCACCCACUUCCCCACUCCCAACUCUCCGCGCCAUAAUCCUCGAUUUCGCCGCUGUCAACAAUGUAGAUGUCACAUCCGUGCAGAACCUCAUCGACGUCCGCAACCAGCUAGACCGCUGGGCAUCUCCUGACACCGUGCAGUGGCACUUCACGCACGUCCACAACAGAUGGACGAAACGUGCUCUCGCAGCCGCUGGAUUCGGGUUCCCCGCCGUCUCGGGCGGUUCAGGUCCUCGAUGGCAGAGGUCGAUCUUUAACGUUGCGGAGAUCUUAGAUGGCAGUCUACCCAGCUCAGUGUCUCAUUCUGAUGUCGGAGAGUCGGACGACUGGUCGAAGGACCUAGAGAGUGGUCUGAAAGUGCAGGAGAAUAGUGUCUCCUCAUCGGUUAUGGGUGUCUCUGAGGAUGAAAUUCAGGUUAUGCGGACUGAUCAGAAGGAUGCGAAGGUUAAUACUCAUCGUCAUCGCGGUCGAUCUGGUGUCGGUACUGGUAUGGCUGUCGUCAAUGGAAUCAAUCGGCCUUUCUUCCAUGUGGAUCUGACUAGUGCUCUGAGGAGUGCUAUGGCUGAUUCUUAG